GGCUGUCAUUUUCAUUUCUUGGUGUAUCAAAUUUUGUCAGCUAAAAUUAUCAAACUUUGAUCAAUCUUCAGACUGCUUCAGACGAACCUGUGGACAGAUGACGUUUGGAGAAGAAUCUGCUUUGAAUUGGAAUACCAGUUUUGGUAGCAAUGGAAAUUAUUUCUUCAGAAAUAUGACAGAAAAUAGGAAAAGAUCCCGUGAAGAUGAUACAUGUGAAUUUAUGCCACUAUCGAAGAGAAUUAAUAAUUUGCAUAUAAACAACAAUCUAUCCUCAACAAGUGUUGUUUCUCAAAACCAUAAUUCUAGUCAAGUUAAUGGUAUCAAUGGGGAGGCUGGUAUGUCUUCACCCAGCUCGUCGUCGGAUUCUGAUAGAAGACCAAGUUAUGACCCAGGGGUCAGUUCAUCUCAAAGCAGUUAUUUCUACGAAAAUAAGUUGUUAUUUGAGUUACAUUUAGAGAGGAUUCAAAGAUCUGGGCAACAGUUUCCAUUUUAGAUGUGUAAUUUAGACUUAAGACUUGUGUACCUUUAUUUUGUUGUGCCUAUUGUAUUAGCGUGUAUUUAAAAUAAAUAUUUGUAAUAAAAGUCUUGAAGAAAAUAA